AUGGAACGACUGAACAGAAAUCGCAGCUAUCAGGAAGAGCUAAACUUUAUAGAAAAAAUUAAUGAUUACUCUUACCGCAUCAAGUUAGGCUUUGUUCCAAAUAUGAAAGUAGAAGGAUUAUUUUACGCAGACCUACCUUUAGAGCACUUGAUGUUCGAAGAAUUGCAGCAUUUCUGUUCCUGCAACGGCGUGGGCGGAUUCUUGCCUGGUGUAAAGCAAAUAGGAAAUGUUGCUGCAUUACCUGGAAUUGUAGGGAAAUCAAUUGGAUUGCCUGAUAUUCAUUCCGGCUACGGAUUCGCUAUAGGUAAUAUUGCUGCAUUUGACGUUGCUAAUCCGAAAGCUAUUGUCUCUCCUGGGGGAGUUGGUUUUGAUAUAAACUGUGGUGUAAGGUUAAUCAGAACCAACUUACAUGAAAGAGACGUCAACCCUAUGAAAGAAACUUUAGCUCAGUCACUUUUUGAUCACAUUCCUGUCGGUGUCGGAUCAAGGGGCAUAAUUCCAAUGAACGCAAGGGAUUUGGAUGAGGCAUUAGAAAUGGGGAUGGACUGGUCGUUGCGUGAGGGGUAUGCUUGGGCAGAAGAUAAAGAACACUGCGAAGAAUAUGGAAGAAUGCUUCAGGCAGAUUCAAACAAGAUCAGUUUAAGAGCAAAAAAGCGCGGAUUACCUCAGUUGGGAACACUUGGGGCUGGGAACCACUAUGCUGAAAUUCAGGCAGUGGAUGAAAUUUAUGACAGUUUCGCAGCCAAAAGUAUGGGAAUAAAUCGCAGAGGACAGAUUUGUAUUAUGGUACACAGCGGCAGUCGUGGUUUGGGACAUCAGGUCGCCACUGAUGCUCUAUUCAACAUGGAGAAAGCAAUGAUUAAAGAUGGCAUUAAUGUUAAUGACAGACAGCUUGCCUGUGCUCGCAUUGCUUCUGAUGAAGGCCAAAAUUACCUCAAGGGAAUGGCUGCGGCUGCUAAUUAUGCUUGGGUGAACAGAUCUAGUAUGACUUUCUUAGCUCGUCAGGCUUUUGCAAAAUGUUUCCAUACUACGCCUGAUGACCUAGAUAUGCAUGUCAUUUAUGAUGUAUCGCAUAAUAUUGCAAAAAUUGAAGAGCACGUUGUUAAUGGCAAAUUAAGUACCUUACUUGUCCAUCGCAAAGGAUCUACACGUGCUUUUCCCCCUCAUCACCCUUUAAUUCCUGUUGACUAUCAGUUAACCGGACAACCUGUCCUGAUUGGAGGUACAAUGGGGACUUGCAGUUUUGUGAUGACUGGAACAAGCCAAGGAAUGUCGGAAACGUACGGAACCACGUGUCAUGGAGCGGGUCGCGCUCUUUCACGAGCAAAAGCUAGACGCAGUUUAAAUUAUCAAGAAGUACUAGAUCGACUGAACGCCUCCGGAAUAUCCAUUAGGGUAGCGUCACCAAAGCUUGUCAUGGAAGAGGCUCCAGAGUCCUACAAGGAUGUUACAAAUGUUGUAGAAACUUGUCACUUAGCUGGUAUCAGCAAAAAGUGCUUUAAACUCCGACCAAUUGCAGUCAUUAAAGGCUAG